GAUACGCAAGCCUCCGAUUGCUUGAAGUGGGAUAAGGCAGUGCCCCUCCUCCGCCCCGAGGAUCGAAACGUCUACGGUCUCCCCCACAACUUUUCUUCCGAGCUAUCGUGAAAUCCAGUCGAACCGAUCCUCUUAUCACACAAUGGCGGCUAAGGUGCCCCGGAACUUCAGAUUGCUGGAGGAGCUCGAGAAGGGUGAAAAGGGCUUGGGAGCAGAGUCAUGCUCCUACGGACUGGCAGAUGGUGAAGAUAUGAUGAUGAGCAACUGGAAUGGAACUAUCCUCGGCCCCCCUCAUAGUGUCCACGAAAACAGAAUCUACAGUGUCAACAUCCACUGUGGCCCGGACUAUCCUGAUAACCCUCCCACCAUUCAAUUUGUUUCCCGUGUCAAUCUGCCGUGCGUUGAUGCCCGAACUGGCAAGGUUGAUCCCACUAAGCUGCCCUGUCUGGCUCAGUGGAAGCGCGAGUACACCAUGGAGACCAUCCUGGUCGAGCUUAGAAGAUAUAUGGCCCUUCCCCAGCACAAGAAGCUCCCACAGCCUCCGGAGGGCUCAAACUUCUAAAACAACGGCAUUAUAAAAUGUUCGGGUUUGAGGGAGUAUAAUGGUUGGUUUUUGAGUCAGAUUCAUAUGCACUUUUCUUCGUUGGCUUAUUAGAGCGUGUACAGUCUAUGCAUAACGGGCGGGCAUCGGCGUGGUUUCGUUUGAAGCCUACCUGCAAUUCAACCUUUUAGAACGUUGCACAGUAUGAUCUUCUUGCCCCCCUCAUCGCCAGGUUAUACUUGCUGAAACAACUUGACCCUUGUU